GAGCCCAGGCGGGGAGAGGGCGAGGCAGGCGGGCAGCAGCUGGGUGCACCUGUCAGAGCCCCGCUGUGCCCUGUGGGUGUGUGCUGGGGGCUGCAUCCCGCUGGGGCUGGAGUAGUACUUUGCUUCCCCGCCCCGUAGAUCUGCGGAGUUGACAUCAGCAGUCUUUCGCCGUCUCUGCUGCAGAGGGGAUGCUGAUAAAUACACGCGCUUCUCCUCUCUUACCGAGGUACCUGAUAGUUUGAAGCUAUUCUGUGGCACUGAACUACAGUUAUGCCAGGAAGCUGAUUUUGCAGCUGCUUAUGAAUGCAGUCUGAAGGCCUGCGCUGUGUCAAGGAGGAUCAGCCAGGACACAGGGUCAUUCAGUAACCAGAAAAAUGAUUGGCUUUUCCGAGGAAGAAACAAAGAGGAAGCCUUUAUGUCUUGUGUAGUUGGAAGGCAGAGCAAUACGGCUUUGACACCUGGUUAACUUUAAGGAACAUUUUUUGAAAUACCUCUUGACUGUGAAUCUUGUAACUUAGACACAGAAGUGCCUUUGGACCGGUGCAGAUAAUUCAUUGGAAGAAUUGAUCAGACAAAGCACUUACUGCAAGUGUCACUGAAGAAUCAUGGCGAAGCACUUGGAGAUCAUCAAUCUGUCAUUUUUAUUGGAACAUGAAAGGGAAAUGAUACUGGGAGUAUUGAAGAGAGAUGAGUAUCUGAAAAAAGUUGAAGAUAAAAGGAUAAGGAGGUUGAAAAAUGAGCUUCUGGAAGUGAAAAGGAAAGGUGGAAGCCGACACUGCCAACAGGACAACAGCAGGGUCUGCGUUCGCUGUCAGAAAGGCCUGGGCUUUAUCUUUGACAGAGGAGACCUGUGCCAGACUUGCAAACUUCGAGUCUGCAAUAAGUGUCGUGCAGUGGGAACUGAUGGCCAGUGGAAGUGCUCAGUGUGUGCCAAGAUUGCACAACUAAGGAUAGUGACAGGAGAAUGGUUCUUUGAAGAGAGAGCAAAGCGCUUCAAACAGUCAAAUCUUGGAACUGAUGUUGUCAGACAGUCCAUCUUGCGCAAGUCCCCAGAUACAAUUUCCAGUAAGGAUGAAGAAAGAACAUUCAAAGAUCAACACCCAGAGAAUGAAGAAAAAGGAAUAUCAACCUCCUCCAUAAGUGGACAUAAAUCAAUCUUUGGCGGACCUCGAAAGAUAGGGAAGAUCAUUAGGGCAGCUACCAAAGGAGAAAUCACAGAUGCAAAAGAUGAAGGUAGAAAGAGCAUAGGCUCUGAAGCUGAAAGCCAAAGCCUGCGUAGUAGCAAGUCAACACUUUGUUCUGAGAGAGGAAGCACUCUUUCACUGAACAGCAGUGAUACAGAAGCAGCUGCAGGCCAUCUGAGAGGGGCCAUGGGCCCUGCAAGCAGAAGCAGCGCUUCCAUAGCUUCCCUCCCAAAGUCACCGGCACUAAGCACUCGCAGCAUGACUGUGGAUUACAGCAGGGACACAGGCUCAGAAAAUGGCAUGAUUAUUCCAGCAAGUGAAAGUGUACCUGAAGAUUUAGUAAAGAAGCACCGUAGGAAAGCAUCUGGAACACCUUCCAUUGCAGUUUCUAGGGCAUCUUUGUCAUCAGACCGUAGCCGAUCUGAGAUAGAUUUGAGUGAAUCUUUCUCUGAAGGAAAACAGGAUACCCUGAGCACAAGAAGUAAAUCUGUACCUAGCACCUUAGAUGAGGAGCUGGAUUAUCUGGAUGAAACAGAAGAAGAUAUUGAUGACAUUGUGGCCUCUCGUUAUUCAAGGAAACAUGGAUAUCUGACAAGUGGAUUAUCGAGAAACUUCCCAGAAGGCUCUGACAGAAAAUGGAACUACUUAAAUGUGCCUGAAACAGACGGUGAUACUACCAGCAUUAACAGCACGCUGAGCAUAUACAGUGAAACUGGUGACUAUAGCAACGUGAAGGUCAGUGGUGAAAUCCUUCUGCAAAUCAACUACAGCUACAAAACAGGUGCUCUCAACAUCCUGGUGAAGAGUUGCAGAAACCUGGCCAUUGUGGAUGAGAAAAAGCAAAGGACUGAUCCGUAUGUCAAAGCCUACCUUCUGCCUGAUAAGUCGCGCCAAAGUAAACGCAAGACCAAAAUUAAGAGUAACAGCACCAAUCCAGAAUUUAAUGAAACGCUGAAGUAUGUCAUCAGUCAUACACAGCUAGAAACCAGGACCCUGCAGCUUUCUGUCUGGCACUACGACAGAUUUGGACGCAACAGCUUUCUUGGAGAAGUGGAAAUUCCAUUUGAUUCCUGGAACUUUGAAAAUCAGGGCGAUGAGUGGUUUGUGCUCCAGCCCAAGGUGGAGGUUGCAACAGAUGUUGGGCUUCAAUAUAAAGGAGAACUGACAGUUGUUCUACGUUACAUUCCCCCAGAGAUAAACUUGAUGCUUCCUCUAGGGCAGUUUCAAGGAAAGAAGAGCUUUAAGAAAGGAAAAAAGGGAGAGAAUCACCUGCCCUCUGGAGGUAUAUUAGAAGUCGUCAUCAAAGAAGCUAAGAAUUUAACAGCAGUGAAGUCAGGAGGCACAUCAGACACGUUUGUGAAAGGGUACCUACUCCCAGAUGACAACAAAGCUACAAAACACAAGACUCCUAUAAUAAAGAAGAAUGUGAACCCCCAGUGGAAUCAUACAUUUGCUUUCAGUGGACUGAAUUCACAGGAUAUACAUAAUGUCUGCUUAGAACUGACUGUGUGGGACAAGGAGUCACUCUCUAGUAAUAUUUUUCUGGGAGGAGUUCGUUUGAGUACUGGAAGUGGUGUAAGUAACGGCAAGGAGGUUGACUGGAUGGACUCUCAAGGAGAAGAGCAGCACCUCUGGCAGAAGAUGAUUGACAGUCCUGGAACUUCUGUGGAGGGGAUAUUAAUGCUGAGAUCCAGCAUGGGAAAACGUAGACUCUGAAAGACUCUACUACUGAGGGGUUGCACAAGUCCUCCUUAUUUCAGUUGUCAGCUCUUGUCUCCUUGCCCAUUUGAAAAUGGAUAAGGGUUGUACAUUGCCUUGGAUAUUAAGGCUUCAUGUGAAAUUUUAAUGCAUUCUGCACUUUCAUGCACUCAUUUUUAACCCGGACUUCUUGAACAGAUUUUGUUUCUCCUGAAACCUGUGAGAAUGUGACCUUCUACAGAGACUGGACUGGCUUUCUUGGUCUCCCUUCUAUUGACUGGUGGUGUACAGCUGAUGAACAUUGCUGGCAGGGGACAUGGAGUGAGCAAAUUCUCUAAGUAGCCACUUAGGAAGUAAAGUGUGUUUUAUGUAUCUCCUUUUGGAUCAAAGAUGGCGUAGAAGACAGGAGUGAUUCAGUACAUGCAGAGUCAGAAUGAAAUUUUGCUUUGUUAUAUGAAAAGACAAGAAGCCAUAAUGUUCAUUCAGAAGGCUGACGUUUCUUUUUUAUGUUUGCUCCUCGGGCUGUGCACUGUGAGGGAUGGCAGGCAUGGGAUCAAGUAGCUCACUACGGCCAAUUCACUGGCCAUUUGCACAAUGGAAAUAGUCAGCAGAUGAAGGGGUAUAAAGUGCCUGUGUUCGGGCAUUCUCUUGGUUAUUUAGUGCACUGUAUAAGAGGUAGACUUGGCUCAAUGUGAUCAAAGAGUCUCUAAUGAAAAUAAAUUAUAACAAAUCCUAAAGAAUUUCCAGAACUGUGUGGUAUUACCACGUUUUUCAUGUCAGUUGACAGCUCUAUCUAAGAUCUUUCAGUGUCAUUGAACAGAAGGAAUAUAGUUACAUACCUGUCCCACCUGAUGAGUCUGUGAGGUGAAAUAUGUUCUAGUUUGAGGCAUAGCUGAGACCUUGGCUCAGCAAGGUGUGUAGUAAAGUGACAGGAUUAACACAUGUUCCAGAAUGCUUUGCACAACUGUGGAAUAUUUUCCAGAAUGGGCUGGGAUCCUGUUCAAGUGUGCCCAUGCAUCUUACUUAUUAAACAGAGCGGGGUUUCUCUCCUCAGCUGUCCUCCGUAAGUUAGCAGUAGUUUUAAUACGAGUCUGUUUUGGCUGAUUCAGUCAUUAAUCUUAAUAACCACAAGUGUUUAAGAGUACUUUUGCCAUUUGUUUCCUAAAGUGAUCUUUAUACCUGCUUAUGUCUGCCAUGCUUUGGGGAUUUGCAAUGUUGUACGUGAAGAAUGGUAUUUUGUGUCAUUGUGGGGUACUGCAGCAUUGCUAACAGUAGUAGUAACAUAAUAAGAUAGAAUUAUAGUCCUUUUUAAGGACAGAAGAUGUCUUUGCAAGAUUUGAUAAUAAUAUAAUGGCGUGGCUUGUAAUUGCUCAAGGGUGUGAAGCAAAGGAAGACAAGUAAACUGAAUGAGCAACAUUUCCUUUGAAUCUCUCAGAAUUGGAAUAUAGCUUCCUAUUUGAACUAUUUGAAAUUAAUCUGUAGGUAUUCUUACACCUUAUGUAUUUUUCCCCCAAAAUCUUAUUUUGGAAGCAAUGUCGUAUUAGUUCCAAGGAAACAAAUUUGAAUAUUUGGAAAUAUAAUCCUUACAUAAAAUAUCUUGGGGAAAAAAAGGCUUUCAGAGGAUGUAUCUCUCCCUGCAGUAUUUAAGUACACCAGUAUUUAAAGAUUUCUGUGAAGAAUAAAGGCCAUAAAAUCUAACUUGUGAGAGAGAAGGAAAUGCUCUUCCUCGCAGAGUAAAAGUUGCAGGAAACCUAGAUUGAAUGGAGAACUGAUCACCAACUAUAGGUUAAAUUUUUUUCAUCUGUAGCAGUCCUGGUGUUAGUCACCGAUGUGUAUCUUUGAGCUGAAUCCAAAGCCUUAAUAUUUGCUGUCCAUUCCUUCCUGCUGCUCCAUAUUCCCACCCCACUACCCCCUCCCUCCCCCAGAAAAAUUAUACUGGUUUUGAGGGGCUUAAAAAUGCAGGGUAGCUUGCAAGCAGUCAUGAAGAACACUAAUAUUAUUUAAAUUUGUUUUUAUACAUUUUUAUUAAAAAUAGAAUCUCAGUUUUAAUAAAAAAACCUAUCUGCUUGAGUAUAUGUAUUUUCUAUUAAAAUUCUGGUGUGAAUUUAAGCAGUCAUUGGAAGUAAUGCCUUUUCUCACAGAGGCUGAGAAAGUUCUGCCUUGCUUUGAAUGUGCAACUCUGUGUUUUACUACUUCAGCUUCUACCCCUUCCCUCCCAUUUUUAGGGCCUGCGAUAGAAUGUGAGAUAAAUAGACUCAUCUGGAAAGCAUCACCUGUAUCCUGUUGCUUUUGGAAGGGAAAGAAUUUUGUUCUGAGUCUGCAUCUGAAAACAUAGGCCAGGCUAUGAAUAGUCUCUAGGUGUCAACUGCAGUACAGUGUAUGAAGGGAACAAUUUCAAGUAGGAAUUUAAUUCAGCCAAGGCAGUGAGCGUUGUUGGCCAUUGAUGGGAUUUGGAGUGGUGCAGUGAAAUUACCUCCAAGGUUAGCAGCGGUGAUUCUGCAUUAUGGUAGCAUACGGUGCAUAUCAUGCUGUGCCUCAGAUGAGCCUUGGAGAGAUGACAGUUGUCAGUAUGGACACUGGAGCAAUUUGGCUGUUCUGUGAUGUUACUGACAGGUUUGUAGAAAGCACUUGAUUUGUGGAAAAUGUCACAUUUAAUUAUCUCUGUUAUAUCCUCAUUCUCUUCCUUUGCAAAAAGCAUUUAUUGCUUGGAAAAAGCACAAGAUGAUUAACUGCAGAUGUGAUUUCUUGUAUCUGCGGUACUGGAGCAAAUCACCUAGAACUCUCCAUCAUCACGUACCAUGCUUUACUAGGCUGAGCAGAAAUAGGGAAAACCAGGAGCCAGGCUAAAGCCUUCUAUAUAUAUAAAUGUUUGUGAUAUUAAGGUGCAUGGAUGGUUUAAAACCAAUUCUUAGGAAAACAGUCACUUUUAACAUGGAUUCAUAAACUCCUGUCUUCAGUAAUCAGACACAGGAGAGCUGAUGUUAUAAAGCUAUUUCUCCAUACAGACUUGAAUAACUAAAGAUGCUUCAGUGGAGAAGAAAUUUUCACUGCAGUGUUUUUUGUAGAAGUGAAACAUGAUGCAUGCUACUAGUGGUGUAACUACUGUCUUUCCCCCCUUGAUGCUUGAUUCUGAGGGUUUGAGCCACUAAGGCCAAAUGAAAGAAUGACUUGGGCUGUAAAACUUCAUGUGAAGACACUAAUACAUCCCUAGAUAGUGUGGUUAUUGCCACUAUCUGUCAGGAAGAGCUGAUGCUGAGGGCUGUCGAAGCCCCGCCAUCAGACUUGAUUAUCCAGACCUGUUCUCUGGAUGUUUCUCUGCUUGACUUAUUAGUUACAUGGGGACUUCGGGCUUCUAAGUGUCAGUGAUCUUGCUUCCAUGUUUAGAUGCUAAAAUCAGUUCAGACGGUCUCUCCAUCACAUUACCAUCUUCCUGUGCCAAUCCAAGUGCCAUUGCCUUCCUUGUACCUUAUUGCCUUUUAGACAACACAUUUUGAUAUUUCUCUCCCAGCUGGAUGCUUGGCAGUUGGUUUAUGGGAGAAGGAAGUGGGAUGGUGAGUAUGCUUUGAUCACAGUGCAUUAGACUAGAAACUUAAUGUUCUCUGUCUUUUCCAAUAGAGAUUUUGGUAGGGUAGCAUAAAAGAAAUCACAGAAUCACGGAUGUUAGAAAAGACAUUCAAAGAUUGUCCAACCAUUAAACUAAUCUACUGAGUCCUAUCACUAAACCAUGCACCUUUGUGCCACAUCCACAUCUCCUCAGUACCUCCAGAGAUGGGGAAUAAGCAUUUUAAAGUAUUGUGUUUGAUUUUUCUUUUCCUUCCUGGUUAGACCCUGAUGGGUACAAGUAGACAAAGCUGUAUUCUGUAAAAUAUGAACUAAACUGCAGCAGCAGAACAGCCAUUGAGCAUCCACUGGUGCUAAGUGAUAAGAUGAAAUAACAUGAGGGAGGCAUAGAAGCUGGCAUUGCUCUGGCUUCAUAAGGGUACAUUGGCCAACAGGUAUGUGAAGCUUGUGAUUUGCUCUAGAGUCAAGGCAAACAAAAUCUGAGUCACUGAGUACAGUGAUUUUCAGCAAUGACGGAAAAUAGCCAUCUCUCGAGAGAUACUACGUGCACUUUGUAAGCCUUUUAUUCUUUUCUUUUGAUACAGUUUUUGAUGAUGGUUAUUAUUUAUUUAAUGUGUAGAAACAUGAACGUUAGAGGACCUUAAGACAAAUGAUGGUAAGAACGUGUGAUUAAAUUCCAAAUUGGAUAGACUUUUAUUUGCAGAGGUGUUUCUUACCCUAGCUCAGUUUGAAGCAAUGAGAAUCGUGCUUGUAGAGCCUUACCACUAUGUCCUGUGAAUUUCCUGCCUGGUGAUUUCAUGUUUGCAGAUGCUGUUUGGUAAGUCAUAAUAAGACAGUGUUCAUUAUACUGUGUAUAUUGACACUGGAGUGUGAACCUCAGCUUGCUCUUAUAGGUGUUCCUUAGGUUGCUUUUGGGACCCACCCUUGCUGCAUCAUGGCCUUUUACAUAGGAUCGCCAUUUCAACAGUUCUACUCUGUCGCAACGACCUACCUACAGCUUUGCACUGCUGCUCUUGAGAGCUGGGUGUGUAUUUUCAAGGGUUGCUGUAGUCGCUGGGGUUUGCUUCAAGCCAAAUGUAGUCCUUCGAUGUAGUGAACUGAGAACACCACAUAUCCCUCUCGCCACCUUUGUUCUGCUUAAAAAUCUAUUGCUUGCCAUAUGUUUGGUCAUUCUGCCGGAUAUGAACAGUAGUAGCAGUAAGUGGCACUGCAGUAUUUUAAGUUCUGCCCAAGUUCAGGUGAAGCAUUUCCUGCCCCGAACAUUUUUGUACUGUGCACUGUACGUUCAGUUCUGUGGACGCAAGUAGCUGGUAAUACACUUGCAGCAGUUGUCAAGAGUAUUGUUCUGCCUUUGAAAAUUAAAAUGAUGGAACGUU